CAGCAUAAUAUAUCUUGACCUUCAUGAUCUGAGAUUUAGAUCUGCAAAAUAAUCUGUAUAGCUUGUUCACCAAAGAACUAAAAUAUAUUUUUUAUAUCAAAAUUUUGUAUCAGGGAGCCAAAGAUUAGAAAUAAUAUUUGGUAUUUGUUUCCCAUGAGUAUUUGUAUUGAAAAAAGAAUGUAUUUGCUUUCAUAUUGGACAUAAGACUGGGACCAAAUAUUUAUGUUUCAUUAAGAGAUUUGAUAAAUACAAUUUUGAGUGAGAAUAUCUUUUACCUAAUGUAUGGAGGACCAAAACACAAAUUUUCAACCUGAAUUGCGUGCUUGCCAGGCGGUGAAAUUGGAAGCAGACGGCAAGGCGCCGCAUCCCAACUCUCAUCCGCCGAGCAAAACCCUAAACCCUAACCGCACCAAACCCCCUCCCCUCCUUCCCCGGCGGCGGCGACCACCAGCAGCAGAGCAGCAGGAGGAGAAGAGCCAAAUAUACAGGGCCGGAGAAGAUGCCGCUGGGGCACCGCGCAGGGGACAAGAGCGACUCCCGCUACUGUGGGAUGGAGGUGCUCGACUUCCCCACUGGAGAGGGCCUCCCCGCCGUCCUCUCCCACUCCCUCUCCUCCGCCUUCGACUUCGUCCUCGCCCCACUGGUUGACCCCAAUUACCGGCCCGCGCCUGGCGCCGUGCUGCCGGUGGCGGCGUCGGACCUCGUUCUCAGCCCGUCCCAAUGGAGCAGCCACGUCGUCGGGAAGCUCAGCGAGUGGAUCGAUUUGGACGCGGAGGACGAGAAGCUCCGGCUGGACUCCGAGCUGACGCUGAAGCAGGAGAUCGCGUGGGCGUCUCAUGUCUCGCUGCAGGCAUGCGUUCUUCCUGCCCCCAGGAGAUCUUCUUGUGGCAAUUAUGCUAGAGUUGUGAAUGAAAUUUUGCAAGGCCUGACCAAUAUGCAGUUGUGGCUUAGGUUACCUCUGGAAAAGUCUGAACCAAUGGAUGACGAUCAUGAUAAAGUAAAGAAUAACAACUGCAUGUUGCAGGGUGAAAUGGUAGACUCGUGGGAAUUGUGGAAUUCAUUCAGAUUGUUAUGCGAUCACAGUAGUCAGCUAUCUGUGACACUUGAUAUUUCGAGCACACUUCCGUCAUCGAACUCAUUAGGGCGGUGGUUUGGGGAGCCUGUAAGGGCUGCUAUUCUUCAAACUAAUGUUUUUCUAACAAAUGCGUCAGGCUAUCCUUGCUUGUCAAAACGGCAUCAGAAGUUGCUAACUGGAUUUUUUAACCAUUCUGUUCAGGUAAUACUCUCUGGGAGAUCAAAUCACAAUGUUUCCCGAGUAGCUGAAGGAGUGCUCUCAGGUGAUGAAAACCACACUGAAGAUACCCCUAUUCGACAUGCGUUGAGCCCAUACCUGGACUACAUUGCGUACCUGUAUCAAAGGAUGGAUCCGCUUCCUGAGCAGGAACGUUUUGAGAUCAGUUACAGGGAUUUUUUGCAGUCUCCUCUCCAGCCUCUAAUGGAUAAUUUGGAAGCUCAAACUUAUGAGACAUUCGAGAAAGACAUCGUGAAGUAUACUCAGUAUCAAAGAGCAAUUGCUAAGGCCUUGGUCGAUAGGGUCUCAGAUGAUGCAAUCUCCACAGCUAGGAUGGUGCUGAUGGUUGUUGGAGCAGGUCGUGGACCUCUAGUAAGAGCAUCAUUGCAGGCUGCUGAAGAAACUGGUCGCAAGAUAAAAGUAUAUGCUGUUGAGAAAAAUCCUAACGCUGUUAUUACUCUUCAUAGCUUGGUCAAAUUGGAGGGGUGGGAAAGCUUGGUUACUAUAAUAUCUAGUGACAUGAGGUGCUGGGAUGCCCCUGAAAAGGCAGAUAUUUUGGUCAGCGAGUUGCUUGGGUCCUUCGGUGACAAUGAACUAUCUCCUGAGUGUCUAGAUGGUGCCCAGCGAUUCUUGAAGCCAGAUGGGAUUUCUAUUCCUUCUUCGUACACCAGUUUCAUCCAACCAAUAACAGCAUCAAAACUACACAACGAUAUCAAAGCACACAAAGAUAUUGCACAUUUUGAAACUGCAUAUGUUGUCAAACUACACCGUGUAGCUACACUUGCACCUCCACAACCGGUUUUUACUUUCAACCAUCCCAAUUACUCACCAAAUGCUACCAAUCAAAGGUACACCAAGUUGCAAUUUGAAAUUGUACCAGAUACGGGAUCAUGCCUUGUGCACGGAUUUGCUGGAUAUUUUAACUCUGUUCUAUAUAAGGAUGUUCAUCUCGGAAUUGAGCCAAACACAGCUACACCAAACAUGUUCAGCUGGUUCCCGAUAUUCGUCCCGUUGAGAAAGCCCAUUUACGUUCCCACAGGGUCUCCUAUAGAAGUGCACUUUUGGCGAUGCUGUGCUCCCACAAAGGUGUGGUACGAGUGGGCUGUGACGACGCCGACUCCAUCACCGAUCCAUAACAGCAAUGGCCGGUCUUAUUGGGUCGGUCUAUAAGUUAUCAAGAGCAUCCUUUGUUUUUUUCUUCUUUUGAGAAAGAGUAGAGGGUAUGUUAUAUGUUUUGGUCUUCAGUGCGUCUCGUUACAUGUUACUGCCUGGAAGAGUCUCUAGUGCGAAGCAAGUGCUGAUCCAAGGAACGAACACAUCUUGAACGCAGGAAUAGGGAAGCACUGUAACGUGUUGUAUUUCGAGGUGCUGUUUGGCCUUUUAACUUUUUACUUGUGUUGUUUCUUGCGUCAGGGAGAGUACCAAACAAGCCAAACCAACAAAUUUUCGGUAUCCGGGGAAGACCAGUUUUUUUUUACAUGAAGAUUUGUUUGGAUCGUUUCCAAGCUAA